UGAACUUAACAUCGAUGCUGACAGAGGUUACAUUAUCACCUCCCGUAUAUAAGUAUCAAGCUUUCACAAUAUUAUCAUACAAGUUUUGUCAGACUAGGAAAAAUGGCUGGAUAUUUUGUGGCAUUAGUUAGUUUUGUCAUUAUGUUUUCCUACUCAACAGCAAGUGAAGACGACACAGAACCGGCAUGUUCAAAAUUCAAGUAUGAUAAGCAAAUGUUAGAGACAAUGGUCAAAAUGGAAGCUAAAAUGAAUCAGUGGGGUAAAGAAAAGGAAAAUUUUGAAGAGAACAUAUUGUCCGUCAUGGAACAUAGGAAGCAGGACAUGAAACGAGAAAUCGUGAAACAAAAUGAAAAGCUUGAUGAAAUGUUUGAUUUCUGUAAGAACAUUCGUGAAGAACUGAAAGAAAAAACAUCUGAAAAGAUAACUGUUAACAAUACAACACCAAAAGUAGCGUUUAACGCAUAUUCCAGUACUGGAGGAAGUUACGGCGUCGGCCAGUCUAUCAUAUUUCCUGUAGUAUUACUUAAUGAAGGUGGCGGAUAUGACCAAAGCACUGGGAUCUUCACAGCACCUGUGGCUGGGAUAUACCAUUUCAGCAUUCACGUAUGCCAUGCACAAGCAAAGUAUAUGGUCGCAGCUAUUGUUCAUGAAGACAAUACAGUAGCAAUUACAACAGGAUACGAAAACGAAGCAAGUAGCUGUAAUUCGGCAAUGGUUCCAGUAAAAAUGGAAACAGGUGAACGAGUGUAUGUUAAGAGUACAUACACAGAAAGCAUCUUGCUUGCUGAUUCACAGUACAGAUGGCCAUCCUUCACUGGUGUUCUUAUAAAUGUUUGAAAGUAAACAUAGGAAUGAAUUUCGACAAAAAUCUAACAAUUUACAAUUAUUGAUUACAAAUAAAAAAUCGACUGAUUCAAAUAAUAUUUUACAUUUCUUAUUUCUAUACUGCACGUACGUUGUUUAUAUGUUGUUUCCUUUCAGAAUUAGAAUUGAACGACUUAUUAAUAAGUUGGUUACAAAGUUAAAUUAAAACUAAGUAUAAUUUUAUACAUUUUGUUUAUAUAAUUCAGUGUGUUGCUUUGCUUUACUUUUUCUAUGCUAAUAAAGUAUUUUACAGCAA